AUGGUGAGGCUGACGGAAAGUGAGCAGGUAAAACACAUCAUGAUGAAGCUGAAAACAGGGCUUCUGCCACUUUUUGAAGCAGGCCUUCAGGCUGGGGAUGCCUUUCCAAAAAGGGAAAUUUUGUUUUUCCUCGAAGGUUUUGCUUACGACAUUGUGUUCUCUCAUCGGGACCAUCGAGACAUCUCACAGAUGAUGACUCUCCCCAAGGAGCUGAUCCCCUGGAAAGGUGGUUUAGGUGGAAAAUCCAAAAGGGCCGCCUUUGACCCAAGGCGGAUGGUGGCUAGUGGCUAA